UACUUUCUCUUGUUUUUUCCUUUCUCUCAUUUUGUCACCCAAAAACCCUCCGUCGCAGCGCGAUCUCCAACUCCAAUCCCGAUCAACCAGCACAAAUAAAGUCACAACUUCAAACAAUGUCCAGCCAGGAAUACUAUCAACAGGGCGGCUACCCUCAGCAGCAGCAGCAGGGCGUCUACCCUCCGCAAGGCUACCCUCAGCAGGGCUACCCUCAGCAACCCCAAGCUAGCUACGGUCCUCCCCAGGGUCAGUACGGGCCCCCUCAGGGUCAAUAUGGGCCUCCCCAGGGCCAGUACGGUCCUCCUCAGGGCCAGCCGCCCAUGCAGUACGAACAGGCGCCUCCCCAGGAGCAGCGCGGCCGCGGCGGCGACCAGGGCUGCUUGAUGGCCUGCAUCGCCGCCCUGUGCUGUUGCUGCGCCGUCGAAGAGGGUUGCGAGUGCUGCAUCGAUCUCUGCGAAUGCUUCUUCUAA